AUGGCACCCAGCACCAACAGCAGCAGCAGCAAGGCCAUCGAGAAGCCUCUCAAAUCAGCCAUGAAGCAAACAUCCGGCACAGGGUCGAAGACAGUGCGAGUAGUAGCUCCAUCGGACAAGAAGAAGAGGAGCGCGAGUGGUAGUCCUGAAAGAGGAGGGUGUUCGAGUAACGGUAUUGGUAUUGGUUAUGCGUUUAGAUUGGCAAGGAUAGAUUGGGUAGAUGAUAUUGGAAAUUGGAGUUUUGGCGUUUAG